UUCUCCUCCUCCUCCGCCGCAGGUCCCAGCGCGGCCCCGGCGGAAGAUGCGCGGCCGGCGGUGAGCGGCGCGGGGCAGAGGCCGCAGCCGAGGCCGGCGGGCGGAGGAUGCGGGCCGGGCCGCGCCGGCCCUGAGAGGCAGGAUGGGCACCCAGGGCAGCCCCGUGAAGAGCUACGAUUACCUGCUCAAGUUCCUGCUCGUGGGCGACAGCGACGUGGGCAAGGGCGAGAUCCUGGAGAGUCUGCAGGACGGCGCCUCCGAGUCCCCGUACGCCUACAGCAACGGAAUUGACUACAAGACCACUACUAUCCUGUUGGAUGGCAGAAGGGUCAAGCUGGAACUCUGGGACACUUCAGGGCAAGGGAUUUGCACCAUUUUCAGAUCCUACUCCAGAGGAGCCCAGGGAAUUCUCUUGGUGUAUGACAAUAAUCGCUGGUCCUUUGAUGGGAUAGACCGAUGGAUAAAGGAAAUAGAUGAGCACGCCCCAGGUGUCCCUCGGAUCCUGGUGGGGAACAGGCUCCACCUGGCCUUCAAGCGGCAGGUGCCGACGGAGCAGGCGCGGGCCUACGCCGAGAAGAACUGCAUGACCUUCUUUGAGGUGAGCCCCCUGUGCAACUUCAACGUCAUCGAGUCCUUCACGGAGCUGUCCCGCAUCGUCCUCAUGCGGCACGGCAUGGAGAAGAUUUGGAGACCCAACCGAGUGUUCAGCUUGCAGGACCUGUGCUGCCGAGCCAUUGUGUCCUGCACCCCAGUCCACCUCAUCGACAAGCUGCCCUUGCCUGUCACCAUCAAGAGCCACCUGAAGUCCUUCUCCAUGGCCAACGGGAUGAACGCAGUGAUGAUGCACGGCCGGUCGUAUUCCUUGGCCAGCAGUGGGGGCGGGAGCAGCAGCAAAGGGAACAGCUUGAAGAGAUCCAAAUCCAUCCGGCCGCCCCAGAGCCCCCCACAGAACUGCUCACGCAACAACUGCAAGAUCUCUUAGCAGGAUGGGCACCGGGAGCUUCUGUCGGAUCCGCACCCACCCACCGAUGUACAGCUGUUUGCACACCCAGCCCUUCCCACUGGAUCCUUUCGGAUGGUUGCUUUUCCAAUGGCACGCACAAGCGUUAGGAAUGUGCUCACGUUUGGCUUGGCAUAGGAAGAAGCGUGGUGCUGGCUGGAUCCCGCAGCGCUGCCGGAGAGAGGAUCUGCCAAGUGACCCUCCAAGAAUGCUUUGGGCUUUGCCUCUCGGCCUGGGGUGGAAAAUUCAGCAGCUGCCGGGCUGGGGAGGGGGGAAGGGGAAAAAAAGCUCAUCAAGUCUCAAUGGAGCAAUGGAUUUAAUGGAAGAUUGAGAGGCUUAAGGGAGUAGGCAAGGAGAGUCUGUGCUGCAACUUUAACUCUUGGCCUCCUGAACAGAUUGCUGGUGCAAUAGUGAUCCUUGGAUGUAGACAAAAAGAAACAGGGACAGGGGAAUAAUGACAGUUUUCACCGGGAUGUUCACCUGCUGUUGCCAAAAAAAACCAGAAAACAAGGCAAGAGUUGGCCAAUUGGAAAGGGGAAGGCAGCGCUCGCUGCCUUCGCUUAUUUAUGUAAAUAUUAUACAUAUAUAUAUAUCACUUGUUUUUUAAGGGUUUUUUUAAGAAGCUGUCAGGGAAAAUUUUAUGCAGCCAUGUAAAUACAAGCACUGGAUGGACUUUCCCAGUGUCAGCAAAGGGGAGAAGUGGAGGAUUUUCUGAUGAAAACACAUAAAUGCUUUAAGAGACUUUCCCUCAC